AUGUCCAUCGUUUCCAAGCGUUUAUUGUCGAGUGCUGCUCCUCCAUUGGAGGCGGCCGCUAAAAAAUUCUACGGAGAUAAAGUUUCUUAUGGGUCUCUUUCCAAAGCGCAGAAGGCAUUUCUCGAUAGAGUUAUCCGAGUCGAUCAAGCCGGAGAGCUUGGAGCCAAUUAUAUUUACUUCGGCCAGUACACUGUGCUAGCCACCAAGUACCCACACUUAAAACCUGUCUUGCAACAUAUGUGGGACCAGGAGAUUCACCAUCAUGAUACAUUCAAUAAGCUUCAAACGCAGCGUAGAGUUAGACCUUCGAUUUUGACUCCACUCUGGAAAGUAGGUGCUUUCGGUAUUGGUGUUUCCACUGCUUUAAUCGGAAAGGAGGCUGCCAUGGCUUGUACGGUUGCCGUGGAGACUGUUAUUGGAGGUCAUUACAACCAACAAUUGAGAAUCUUGAUGAACCAGUACCAAGAUAUCCCAGUAUAUGAUGAGCAUGGGAAAGAAAUAGCUGAGCCAGACAUGGAAAUUAAAGACUCCCCAGAAUUAACUUCUUUGAAGGAUUUAAUAAGCCAGUUCAGAGAUGAAGAAUUAGAACAUUUAGAUACUGCCAUAGAACAUGAUGCUGAAAAGGCAGUACCAUACAUGUUAUUGACAGAAGCAAUUAAGCUAGUUUGCAAGGGUGCAAUUUGGACUGCAGAGAGAGUCUAG